AUGAGUCCGGCCAUCGCGUGCGCGGCCAUGAGCUCCGGCAGCUUGGGCACGUCGCCGUCCGCCGGGUGGAACUUGAACGCGCAGCGGCGCGAACGCAACCUCUGGAGCGGCAUCGCCGAGCGGCUGGAGGCGGACGUGGCCGUGCUGCAGCUCACGCUCGUGGAGCUGGAGGAGAUGCUGCGCCAGCUGCUGACCGUCGCACUGCCCAACCCACGGAUCCGAGGAGAUGAGAUUGCGGCGCUGGUGACGGCGCUGGCGCAGAUCCUGCCGCUGAGCUCCGGGCUGCUGUGCUCCGAGUACACGCGCUUCGUGCAGAAGUGCUGCAGCAAGGAGCGCGUGCUGUUCUCGAGCGCGCAGCUGAGCGUGGUCGUGACGUUCUUCCUCAACUUCAUCAAGUCGUGUCCGAGCUGGUACACGGCCAGCUCGAUCCGCGCGCUGGGCCAGGUGCUGCACGACAACGCGGACCGCGCCAGCGGCGAGUUCGAGCUGCUGUUCGCCGUGCUGCUCAAGCACCUGGACCCGGCGGGCGUGGACAUCGAAGCGCGCUACGCUGCCACGAGCUGCGUAUCGAACAUCUGCACGCAGGCGGGCAAGACGCCCGAGGUAUACCACUACUUUUCGUCGUUACUGCGGAUGGUGGUGGAGAACUUUCGGCAGCAAGCGCAGAGCCUGACCAAGGGCCAGAACGACCGCAUCCUCGUCAAGGCCUGCACGUGCAGCAUGAAGUGUGUGUUCACGAUCAUCAACUCGAACUUCGACCGCUUGAACGACCGGAUAGCCGCGACGCUGCCCAGUCUGCUGACCUCGAUGCGGCAAGUUGUGGGGUACGGUCUAGUGCUCAAGAACGAGCAUGACGACGUGGUCUUCUCAUGCCAGGAAGAACUGCACCCGUCUGACUCCGACUCGUCCGUAUGCGGUUCUGACAGUGGAGGGGGACGACAAGUCGGAGACGGUUUGCUGGCGCGACUGCGUAUCACUGUGCUGUACACGCUGGAGACGAUCGCACAGCAUUUUCCCAAAGCAAUUACGUCGUCGAUGGGGCUGUACCUACCGGAGCAGACGACUCCGUACAUGACACUGUUCAACAAUGCUCCCUCAGUGCUCACUCUGCUUAUUGCUGACCCCAGUGAGAAAUCCCGCAUGACGGCAGCCAAGUUCUUGGAUGCAUUCUGGGAGAAGAUCCCGCUCAAGCUCUACUUCCGCCGCCCGUCUGGGGUCAGUGGAGCCACGACCAUAUCGGCGAGCACGUCUUCAAUGUCAUUUGCGUCGAUGCCCAAGCGAAUCUCGUUGAUGCUCUACCAAGUCCACGUCACCCUGGUGUUCUGCAUUCAGCACGAGAAAGAGUCAGCACCUCUCGCGCAGAUAUUGAAGAGCACGGCAUCGGUGAUUCAACAUUUCCCGUAUGGAAGCGUGGCUGCGAUUCUUGACCAGAUCGAGCUGACGCCAACCUUGGGGGAUAUUCUGAAGGCACUCGCAUCGAGUCUGUAUGUUGCGGCCGCGUCAACUGAUCAUGGUGUGCGGAUGGCAAGCUUGUCGUGCAUGUCAGCACUGCUUAACGUCCAAGAAACUCUACCUGCCAUACUGGACUGGAUGGUGCACACGAGCGAUACUGACCGCGUGAUUGAGGUAGCUCAUAUCAUGAUCGCUUGUGGAACGUGGCUGCUGCGACGUCGGUCGUUUGUGGAGGAACUCUUGCUGAUGGCCUCCCGUCCGGACGAUUCAUCGCGCACCCUGCUGCGCUUGGAGGCCAUGUCGCUGCUAUCCAAGAUUGCCAAGAAUUACUCGCCGGCGUUGAGUGCUAAUUGGAAGAAGCUGGCGGAAUUCAUGCUGGCAGCUUUCCAGGAUCUGGACUCGGGUGUUCGUUUGCAGGCGGUAAAGAUCUUGGAAAACUACAUCAAGGGGGAGAAUGGAGGUGCUGAAAGCACUGUGGCCGGUGCCCAAAGUGCUCAGAACGCUUGUCGCGUGGACUGUUUGGAGUUCAUGGCAACGCAUUUGGUGCGAGCGUUCUAUGACACCUCCCACCACGUACGCGCGAGUGUUUGUGCGUGCUUCACGCUUUUGUCUGCUCAAGAUUGGGCCUGGCUUGGUGAAAGAAAGCAGCCUCGGCGCCUUCCAGUGCUGGCAGCAAAGAGUGGCGGGAACGGAGUUGGCUCUAACGUUUCGUGUUUAGAUUCAUACACGCGCAUCUUCCUGCAAACGCCGAAAGACAGCUCGCCUGUCGUGCGCGCGGCGGGGUUCCGAUUGCUUGGGUCGUUGUGUUUGGCGCCGACGUUUAAGGCUCGCGCCUUUGCUAGUAGUGUCGUGGGUUUGGCGUUGGACGCGCUCAGCGACUCGACCCUAAACGUCCGCGUCCGAGCUGCGUGGGCGCUAGGCAAUGUUUGCACGACUCCGGGCCCCGAGUCAAUUGCUGAGAGCGAUGCACCUCCGCUGCCUCCACCCGCGCCGCCGUCUUCGUUCGUUACCAAGCCGGAGACGUCGAUGCCGUACCCACCGCUACCCCCACAGGUGCUGUACGAGCUUCUGCCAGCGUACCAGUUACGACUGGUGAUCGAGAAGAUGCUCGUGUACAUCAACGACAAUGAUAAGGUGGCAUCAAGCGUGGCUCGUACGUUGGGGCUUGUAUGCCGUUGGAUCAGCUUCCCACCUUUCCGGCGCACUGUUAGCACGCAGAAGGAUCGUGCACGGCUGGACGAUCUGCUGGGGCAGGCCAUGGUUGUGCUCGCUGGGAAGAUCAACGCGGGGUCGCCCAAGGUCCGCUGGAAUGCAUGCCACGCCAUCGCGAAGGUCCUGCUGUGCCCCAGCUUGCCGCUGGCAUCGGUGACGUGGGCUCCAUCCGUCUUCCAAGCUCUGCUGACUGCGGUCGCGCAGCAAGAGAACUUCAAGGUGCGCAUCAGUGCUGCUACCGCGCUUCGAGUCUCUCAAACGCGCAGCGCGUUUGGCUCGUUCUUCCAGUCGGCGCUUCGAGCCACGGUGGAUGCACUGGAGACGGCGUCAGACCUGAAGGACGUGACCGAGUUUCGCUACAAGGAGCAAUUGGAGACGCAGCUGUCGUUCACGCUGGUGCACCUGAUUCACAUCGCGACGGAGGAGGACGACGCGAUGAUCCUGGAGGCCCUGAAGGCCAAGCCGCGCGGGUUUCUCUACGACUGGCUGCUGCACAAUCUCCAUCGCAUGGUCGCUGCCAUUGAGCGCGAGAGCGAUGCGGUUGCUGGUUCGAGCGCGGUUGGAGGAGACAUGACUGAAGACGGGCGAGCAGGGGGAACUGGUGACGCCCAUGACGUGAACCCCAUCAAGAAAGAAGAGCUGCUGUCGGCAGUGCGCUCGCUGUUGCGCAUAUUGGAUCGCCUUAACACGGACAAGGCGUACGCGACCAGCUGCGUGUCGCUCCUAUACGACACGAAGAUCGGACUGGAGCACGAUGUACUAUAUUCCAACGAGGAUAUCCCGUUCGAGCUAUGA